AUGCGGAUGUUCCAGUCGAAACACCAGAAAUUGAUUCUACAGUGUUACCCUCCAGGCAAAGAUGCCGACAAGAAGGCCAACCCGCUGGAGCUUCUGUACCUCCUUUACUAUGCCCUGACCAGAAGAGUGAAAUUGGAAAAAGUGAUGGUGUUUUUGGAAAGGAAGACCAGACUGGACGCUUCCCACUCUCGAGCGGGCAAUAUGCACGUUACCCUUGAGAUUGUUCUGCAACUCAUCGUCAAGUGUGCUGACGACGUGAACGUCAUUGCCGCAGACGCUUUGCUGAUUAUGUCCACGAUUUUGAAUGUCAACGAUCUCCUGCUUGCCAAACUGGUGGUGCUGUGCUUUUCAACGUUGUGCAAAUACGUGGGCCCCACCAUUUUCCUGGGAGAUCAGAUGUUCAUCCAGCAGUUUACUGUAGUCCUGGAAAGACUCAUAAACUACAAAGGUGACGCUACCCACGCUAAUGAAUCUCAGUUGUUGCGUAUUUUGGCGAUCGAAGCUACCCUGGGGGUAUACAAUUACAACACCGAACUCGGAAAGCACCUCAUGAGAGCGCUGGUGCCUCAACUCAUGGACACAUUACACGACCGCUGGCCCACGGUAGCCGGUCUUGCCAAACAAGUGAAGACUAAUACGUCGGCCCGUGAUGAGGAAUUGUCUAAAGUGACUCUGCGGCAGAUUGCUGAGCACGAGGAUAAAAUUCAUGCCGCGCUCGAAGCUGACGACGUCACUAUUGAUGAUGUGUACGAUGAAGCCUUGUUUGCCAUCAAGGUUUUGUUUGAUACCACUCACACAUGGCAAGUGCAAGAGCUCACGAACCAAGUGGUGGCAGGAUCACAGUCAGGGCCGUGGAUUGCAGGCUUUGUGGAGUUAGUUACCACUUACGUCCCCGUGCAAAUCAGAUUCUUGGUUUUGGGUACUCUUCUUCGCCAACUUACUCGUUUACUGAGACUGCUGACACCCAAAGCGGACGCCCAGUUAUUGUAUGCCAACUGCAUAUUACAAUUGGCUCAACUGGAGGUACUGAUGAUUGGUUUACUGGUGAGCGAUGUCAUCCAAGAGGUGUUAUCACUUCACACCAAUUUGGUGCUCAAGCAAGCUCGUGAAUUAUCUCCAGAUGUGGUAAAGGAAUUACUGAUUGUUUACCUGGAUAUUGUAUGUCACGUAUCAACCCGCAUAUACUACCUGGACCAAGUUGCUGAUCUGGUUCUGGAAAUUUUGAUUAAGGUCGAUUCUCUUUUCGACCAAGGUCAUAACACCAAGCAGCCCGAUCAAGUUUACGGGUUAAUCAUCAGUUUCCUUGAUGAUAUUCGUGAGAUUUUUGCUCUUCUUGUCACUAAAAACCAAGCACUGAUUACCCGCAACCGUGUGCUGAUGGACUGCUGGGAAGCUCUGUUGGGGAUAAUUCUGGCUAAUCCCAACGAUUACAAGUUUACCGCAAAACAGUUUUCCCACAUUCAAGACAAAUUCUUACAAUGCUUCGAUGAUUAUCUCAUCAAGGAAUUGUCACUGGAUCAAAGAGCUGAAGAGGAUGGUGCCGGGAAGCUGAUUACUGGUGCCUCUUCAACUCAAACAGGUAAUCUUCUUGCUCCACAAUACAGUGAAUACAUUGCUACUCGUGACAACUUUGUCACUUGUUUGUUAAUUCACGUUGACAAGUUUUUGGCUUACGACCAGCCUUUGGCAGCGGCUCAGUUGAUGAAUGACGUUUUGGUAGAUGUGGUGUACACGUUGGGCAUAAAUUUCAUGGCCAACUAUGUUCCUUACUUUUAUCACUGGGUACUGGGUAACUCUCAGGCUCAUGAUGUGUUGCUUAAGCUGACAUUCGGGUUCACUGUGAUGUAUUACUGCUUGCGGGUGCUUGAAACCAAAUACCCUCAGUGCAGCGGUUACGUUCAGCUGUCAAAAUUUUACAGCGACGUGAACGAUGACAUUAAUUCACGCAAAAACAACCUGAUGUGGGUGUUUGACAUUGACCAAGAUUUGGGAGGCAAGGCCACUCUGAAGUUCAAUGGUGUAACCUUCCAAAGCACUAAGCCUGCUCUUCAAGAAUUUGUCGAAGGCAAUGACUUCACAGAUGAGUACAUUGACGUUGAUGCUCCGCUUAUCCUUGAUGUUCUGAAGAUGUGGGAGCCCAAGCAACCUCUGGGCGUGCUUACGCCGCGCCUGGCAGCUGAUACCACCGACGCGGAAUCCCACUUCUCGUACAACUUGGCUCGCAACUCUCUGCGGCUCGGUCUUGGUUCUGCGAAUGAUAUUCUGCUGAUUCAUCUGGACUUAAUGCAUCAAACUACCGGUCCCGCGUUUCUUCGGGGUCCUCUUCCGCCGUUACCUCAACUCAAUGUGGGUGGCAGCAAUGGUAAUGGUAAUGAUAAGCCUUCCGGAGGCUACACUGGCCACAAUGCCAUUACUCAAUCGCUGGUACACACUGGUGACAUGAGAGUUUUCAACCUGCCAAAGGUCACCGAGCUUAGGGAGGCAGUCAUGAGGCUGCGUACGGUGGCACCUAGUAAGAGCCCUAAGGGGCCGUCAGACUCGGUACUUGGUCGACUGGCAGUGAUGCCUGACGUCAACUUGAUUCUUGGCGGGCUCGAGGAUGAGGAUGAUCGCAUGAUUGUUGUAUGA